UGGCGCACAGUCCCUUUCCUGUGGAAAGCAAUGGGGGAGAGUGAAGCCUGAGGUAGCGGGGCCGGGGCCACAAGGUGCGGGGAGAGGGGAUGAGGUGACGGCCGCCAUGGCGAGCGACGGAGGCAGGAAGCAGUUCUGGAAGCGGAGCGGCGCGAAAGUGCCGGGCAGCAUUCAACAUGUCUAUGGAGCUCAGCAUCCACCUUUUGAUCCAUUAUUGCAUGGAACUUUGAUAAAACCAGGUUCAAAGCCACCUACAACUCCAGUGAAACUGAAGAAAGUUAGCACUUUCCAAGAAUUUGAAAGUAACACAAGCGAUGCUUGGGAUCUUGGGGAUGAUGAUGAUGAACUCUUAGCAAUAGCUGCUGAAAACUUAAAUACAGAAGUGGUCAUGGAAACGGCUCACAAAGUAAUUCAGAACCACAGCAAGCUACAAGAACAGCAUAAAUUUCAGGAAGAACAUCUACAGGAAGAAAAACAAGCAGAAUCUGCAGACCUGACCCCAAUUGUCUGUGGUGAUAAUAGGCUUGUUAAAUCAGUCAGUGAAGGUCAUACAUCAACUUCAUCAGAUAAUGCUAGUGAAAAUACUUCCAUGCAGAGGUCGCAGUCACUUCCACAAACUUCCACAUCUCCCUUGGUGAGUGGAAUGGCAGAAUAUAGUACCUCAGCUACUACUGCAUUAACUGAAAGAGAUGCAUUCCGAUUAGACAAAUUUAAACAGCUACUUGCUGGCCCCAAUACAGAUCUUGAAGAAUUACGGAAAUUGAGUUGGUCUGGCAUUCCCAAAAGGGUUCGUCCAAUUGCAUGGAAGCUUCUUUCGGGCUAUCUUCCUGCAAAUGUAGACCGAAGAGAAAGCACUUUACAAAGAAAACGCAAAGAGUAUUUUGCAUUUGUUGAACAAUACUAUGAUUCCAGAAAUGAUGAAAAUCACCAAGAUACCUAUAGACAGAUCCAUAUAGAUAUCCCACGCAUGAGUCCUGAAGUUUUAAGGCUUCAGCCCAAAGUAACAGAGAUCUUUGAAAGAAUUUUGUUUAUCUGGGCAAUACGUCAUCCAGCCAGUGGAUAUGUUCAGGGCAUGAAUGAUCUUGUUACCCCCUUUUUUGUAGUCUUCGUUUGUGAAUAUAUAGAAGAGGAGGAAGUGGAAAAUUUUGAUGUUUCCAGUCUGCCUGAAGAAGUGCUGCAGAACAUAGAAGCUGACAGUUACUGGUGCAUGAGCAAGCUGCUUGAUGGCAUUCAGGAUAACUACACAUUUGCACAGCCAGGAAUUCAGAAGAAAGUGAAAAUGUUGGAAGAACUUGUUAGUCGAAUCGAUGAACAGGUUCAUAAGCAUUUGGAUCAGCACGAGGUGAAAUAUUUGCAAUUUGCUUUCCGUUGGAUGAAUAACCUGCUGAUGAGAGAAGUCCCUUUACGGUGUACCAUCAGGUUAUGGGACACAUACCAAGCUGAACCAGAGGGGUUUUCUCACUUCCACCUAUACGUCUGUGCAGCCUUCCUUGUUAGGUGGAGGAAAGAAAUCCUGGAGGAGAAAGAUUUUCAAGAGUUGCUGAUAUUUUUGCAAAACUUGCCCACGGUACACUGGGGAAAUGAAGAAAUUAGUGUACUACUAGCAGAGGCCUACAGACUGAAGUUUGCAUUUGCAGAUGCCCCCAAUCAUUACAAGAAAUGAAUAUAAAGAACCAGAAAUCAUUCAGACCCGACAUGUUCUGCAGUAUUAUGGCGUGUGUCGUCCUGGUUGUGCUUUCAGCUCAUUGCUCUUUCAUUUGAAUUAAGAUGACCAUUAAAAUUCUGUUAGAAUUUGCAGAAUGAGAACAGAAUACCAAAGAAAUGGCCAAAGUCAGAUAUCAAGCAGUGAAGAAACUUGAAAGUGAACUUUUCCGUUCAGCAUGAAAAAUGAGUUCAGAAGUCUGUCACUUCAUUUUCUUCUUUUUUUCUCAUCUCUAAUUAGGAGAAUUGCAGUCUGUCUGGUUUCUCUUGAGCAGUUUUUUAUGUGUUUCCAAGGCUUAAAGCUACUUAUGGAAUGAUUUUGUCAUUACUUGUGUUUUACCUUCCUUGACUUUUAUCAGCCAGUUUUGGCCAGUAAAAGUCAUUUAUUUUGAGUAGAAAAAAAAAACCCAACCCCAUUUCAUAGUCAUAAAGACCAGAUGAGACAGCAAGUCCUGUGUUUUAAGGUAGAGUUACAAUGCAGAAGACAGAGUUAUUCACACACCAUCUGUUGUUUCUCCAUGGAAUCGGGUUAGAGUACUUCAGUGACAUAAGAAUAUAAAAGGCUGCAAUGGAAAUGGGUGGCAUUUCUCUAAAUGUUACUCAGUCUUUCAGGGCGCUGUAGAGGCUUUGUAGCCAUACAAAGGAGUUAUUUAAAGACAGAGAGUCGUGUGUAUCACUAAAAUAAAUCCUGCUCUGUGUAUUUUGGAGUGCUUUUAAAAUAUCAAAUGAGAUAGAAGGCAUGGUCUUGUCAAAGUAAUUAAAGCUUUUCUUUCAAGGCCUUUCAGUUUUUCAGCAUGAAAGUUCACUUUUAAGAAACGUGUUAAGAAGCUUGAUUUGCAAAGCAAGAUGUAUUUUUAUCUCAGUUGUUGCCUUAUACUCCAUUUCUAACGUGUUAGAAAAGGAAAAUUAAUCUACCUUUCCAAAGCUUUUUUGUUAAUUAAUAUUACUUUUUUCUUUUCCUAAUUACUCAGAGGAAGUGAGGAGGAUGGUUCCCAGUAACUAUAACUAUGUACUCAGAUCACUCUUGUAUCAUUAGCAGAAUAAAAGUCCUCUAUGGCUUUAUAGAAUGAAGUUAACAUUUCUUCAUAUAAUCUUGGGAUACUGAAUAAUUUCUUACAGCUUACAUAAUUUAAAUGCACUAUUUAUUUUCAAGAAAUAUUUUCAGAUAUGAAUUCUGAUGUUGCUCUGUUCCAUGUAAAUAAGUUGUAUUAAUUUGUACCUACCCUACUCAUACAGAUUGUUAAGGGUGAGAGUUGCAAUAAACAAUAUAGUGGAAGCUGGGAAUUGUUGUUCAUAUGUUUAGUUCUUGAGUUGCACAACACUGCACAGAAAGUAGUGCACUUUUUAGUUUGGGAAACAUGAUCUUCAAGAGGUUUUCUCUUAUGACUUGUUAUUGGAAGGUUAUUUUCAAGCCCUUAAAAAUAGACACAUAUUUUGAAGAAAGCUUUCUAGAUGUAUUCUCUGCAUUACUUGUUUCAGGAAGCCUUAGGUUCUUGACACUGACUUUAUAAUAAUAAGGUGUUUCAGGGUAAAUAGAAUAAAACACAUCUUUACCAACGUGAUUAUGAGAUCUGUAUUUAAAAAAAUACAUGAAAACUUUCACAGAAAGGAAAAAAAAAUCAGAACCAGUAGUGUUUGAUGACUAGGGUGUAUUUCUGUUCCACUGGUGUCAGCUGAGGGUUUUGGUUGUGAUGGCCUCCUAGAUUGCUGCGUUUGUGCCUAGAGUGUGCAGUGGAUCUCUUUCUGAAGUGUCCAUAAACUGUUUUCCAUAAACUCAGUUCAUGGUCUAAUGUAUUGAAAUUUAUGUUUACAGGGAAUAUCAUAUUGUGCCUAACAGAGUGUCUACCAAUAACAGAAUAAAAGAAGUCUGAGAUUUAUUACCAUUUGCUUUAAACUUAGUAGCUACAAUCAUUUGUUAAUAGAAAUAUGUAUUAUUGUAACGAGAGAGGACACACAGCAUUAAAUGUACAAUGUUGUAAGAGUUUUCUAUGCUUAAUUUUUUUCUGUUAAGAUGUUAUUAAGCUGAUUACAUGUAACAUGGAAAGUUGACCCAAAGUCGUCUGUUGUGUCACAUGCUCCUGCAUAACGUUUAUGGGACUGAAAGUAUAAAAUUUCCUUCAUUUGGUCCACAUUAAGUUGUUUGCCAUGUCUUCCAAAUUCAUCAGGUGCCUCUUACUUCCCCUGGAAGAAAGUAUUAAACAUUAGAGGCCACAUUUACAGUUGUGUCUGUGUCAGAAGUUGAAUAUUGUACUUGAGCACAUUGCUUUUUUUAAGGAGAGUGGGAAGUUUCCUAAUAUAGUAACAAUGCUUAUAUAUAUAGCUACAGAUUUUCCAGGAAAAUAUGAUACAGCUAUAUAAAUAACAUUUAUACAUCUAUACAUAAAGGAAUCAUUUUCAGCAAACAGAAGGCCAAAAUGUAUGUAAAAUUUCAAAUUUUCAAUGCUUUAAGCUUUACACAAAAUACAUAAUUUUAUUGAAAAGAUACCACCUUUCAUUUAACAGUUCUACAUCUCAGGUAAAAUGUCAUUCCAAGGAAAGUAUUACAUAGGAAAGGAAAUAUCAUUAUUACAUCCCAAAUACUCAAUUUUUUUCCCCACAAUUCAAUAUUCUGAACAUUAUGAAAUUCCUUUGUAAUAUGCAUUUUCUUACAAAGCAGGCACCUUGACACAUCACUAGUAAAAUUGGGCAGUAAUUUCCUACAACUCAUGUGAAAUACUGAGAGUGUGUCUGAAAUGUUUGUUAAGGAAUUUGUGUAAUAAAACUUUAAAGCAAUGUACAAUAUAAAAAAAUUUAUGACUACAGUAUUUGAAAAAUGUAAAUAACAAAUUAGAUAACUAUGUAAAUACAGCACAUGGUGUAAUAACUUCAAAUCUUAUGUAACUUUCUGAUAGAAGAAUUUAGGUUGGCUCAGUUCUUUAUGGAAAUGCCCAUGGAUUUGUUUUUAACUUCAGAACUACAGAUUUAGAAGUACAUGAAAUUCCAUGGUUUGCUUCUGACAAAUAUUGACACUGAGACACUGGUUAAAAAUGUAAAUUUGAUGAAAGCUGAGGAAAUAAAUGCAUAUUUAUGAAGCACUA